AAACAGGGAGCAGUCGUGGUCUCAGUACCUUGCUUUUUCCCCUCAGCUUGCCUCAGCAUCUCUCACACCUCCACUCACCAAACACCACCAGAAUGGCCUUCGCCGGAAAAUGGGAAACUGAGACCCAGGAGGGAUACGACGCUUUCUGCAAGCUGCUCGGUAUCCCCGACGACAUCAUCGAGAAGGGCCGCGACUACAAGCUGAUCACAGAGGUCACUCAGGAUGGAAACGACUUCAGCUGGACCCAGAUCUACCCCACCAACGCUAAGGUCACCAACAAGUUCACCAUUGGCAAGGAGUGCGACAUGGAGACCAUCGGAGGGAAGAAAUUCAAGGCCACAGUGUCCAUGGACGGAGGCAAGCUGAGCGUGACCUUCCCCAACUACCACCAUACCUCGGAGAUCUGCGGUGGCAAGCUCGUCGAGACCUCCACAGCCGGCUCCGUCGUGCUGAAGAGAACCAGCAAGAAGCUCUAAAACGCCGCUGACUGACCGUGAACAGUUACAAUGGAGACCUCAGAGCUACACUUUUGGCAAUGAAUAAACUAAGAGUAUCUUGCCAACCUGAA